ACAAGCUUUAAGGACAAGGAUGACUAUAAGCCUGGUUUUAAACUAGAAUACUUUGAUGACUCUGGACGCCGACUAAAUGCCAAAGAGGCAUUUAGAGAAUUAUCUCAUCGAUUCCAUGGUAAGGUAUCUGGCAAGAAGAAAAUUGAAAAACGCAAUAAAAAAUUAGCUGAAGAAGAGGCAUUUAAAAAAAUGAGUUCUACUGACACUCCGCUGGGAACUGUAAGUUUAAUGAGAGAUAAAAUGGAACAAACACAAAAUGCUUUCCUUGUGUUAAGUGGAGGCGGUAAAGGUUUAAUUAACACGUAA